CACUGCUCCUCAUCUCUCUCUCUCCCCCCCUUUCUCUCUCAGAUCCCACUGCACCCAUAAAUAGCGCAGCCUCUGCAGCCGGACCAAUAGCCAGAGCCGGUCUGUGAGCUGACUGAGCCUGCUUUUGGGCGGCACCUGAACUGUUCGGUGCGCACGGACGCUUUUUUACGCGCAGAGGAGAUUCACAACAAGCACGCAGCAAGGGGCUGAAAUGGCCUCGUCCUGGGUACUGCUCCUCACCACCGCCUCGGCGUUGGUUUUCCUGAGCCUUGCACACACAGAUGAACACAUGUUAGAGCAACGUGAAUACACUUUUGAAGAGAUACCAGAUUCAUUUCUGCUGCAGAAAGAGGUAGACCUGGCAGAUCUCCUCGAUCCAAAACAGUUCCCCGUGGAGCAAGUAAUUGUGGAACCACCAAAAUAUGGAUUUAGAGGGGAAUCCUCGUCAGGAGGAUUCUUGACACCAAGAGGAAGGCGACCAAGUUUUGGGCCUCGUUCUUUAGGUGGACCGGCCAUGUUGGACUAUCCAGUUCAGUUUCCCCUUAGCCGACCGACAUCAGACAAUAUCCAAGCCAUCUGUCUCUAUCGAGACCAGCGUCCCCGCUAUCCACACUCUUACUUUCCGGCGUCUGGUUUUGGGCAGCAGAAGCGACAGGCUGAGGCCGUGAAUAAUGCAGAGGCCUGGUUUGACACGUGCUGCAAAGAGAACCAGACGUCGGAGAGAGACGUGACGCUGUGCUGCGCCACUCAGGCGUGGGAGCUGUCUGUGAGCUUAUUCUGUGAAAAGAGCUCGUCAGUGAAAGAUCGGCUCUAUCACUGCUGCAAACAGACCGGCAGUGACAUACUGAACUGUUUCAACAACGACUCACCAAACCCAAGCUACGGGCCAACAGAGGAGCUCCCAGUGCUGGCGCUGCCCCCUGCUGCUGACUUCACCUUUGAGCCCAACGCCUGUGAGAGAACACCAUUGGGUCAAUAUGGUGCAGCAACUGGCAGAAGAGAGACUAUGGGGAAACCUGACAUCAUGUUUCCUCUUGGACGACCCACUCCGGCUAACAUUGGAUCACUAUGCAGCAACCAAAAGCUUCGGCCCCUGUAUGAUGCCAGCUGCCUUCAGCCCUUUCACCAUCACCUGGCUCUUGAGGUCAAGGUCAUCAAUCGUUUAGAAAGGCAGUUCAAAAAGUGCUGCAAAAGGAAGCGAGGCGCGCUCAGCUGCGCUGACCAAAAGUGGCGUCAGGAGAUAAGCAAGUUCUGCGUGAUCAGGAAUGCGGAGAACCUGAAAAUGGGUGACCACUGUUGCUAUCCUACUGAUGGUGAUAUACACGCCUGUUUCCAAAAAACAUCUCCAGACCCACACUACAACAUGACUGCUGCCCCCCAAGAGCUUCAACUUAGCAAUGUAUGCGACAUUCACAGUAUUAUCACAGACAGAUUUCCUGUUGGGUUUCCUCUCAACACCUUUGUGAGCCAAUGCUGCCCUCUGCCUGAACAAGAGAGGAACAGCUGUUCUGUGAGCAAGCUCAAGGAAAUAACCCAGAACCUUUGCUCAUCUGAGAAGACUUCCUCUGAAGUUGACCACCGCUGCUGCAAGAAGAAAUCACCAGAAGAGAUUUCACAGUGUGUCUCCAAAAGCGUCAUGGAUGCCGUCGCCAAAGCAACAAACAUCAAGAACCAGAAGAAGAGGAAAAGGUGCCCCAUUUCUUAAACCCUAACUGACACUGGGCUGUCACUGAAGAUGGUGAGCCCAAUGAAAAAGUGUCUUCCAUAAAUUAAUUAAUGGUAGGAUGCACAAAUCCAAUUUAAAGGCCAGAAUUAUCUGUCAUAGUGAUGAUGAAUGUAAUAUUGUGUCUACUCUGUAAGUCGCUUUGGAUGAAAGAGUCUGCCAAA